AUGCCAUUUCUAGACACUUAUCGUUACUUUGUCCAUACGGCUGAAAUGAAAUAUUAUGAAGAAACGGAGGGAUACACUCAUAUUUCGUCAGUGCCUAUCAACGACAGUUUUGCAUAUCUCAUCCCAUUCAUGAUCAUAUCGACAAUCUGUUCAGUUGCUUUGAAUAUUACGAGUCUUCUGUUCGUAAAACAAGUGAAACUUCGAAAAAAGAACGAAGUGGAGAGUAAUUUCUUAAUUAUCAUGUCAAUCACAUGUACUGCACAGUUAUUCGGAAUGAUUCUCAGUGUGUCGAGAGUGAUUCUAGCAGGAACGAAAGUUGCAAACACGCUGGCUCAAAUACUUCCAUUUGUCAGUGAUGGAUUGACUCUGGUUCAACCAUGGCUAUUGGUUGUAUUCUGUCAUUCUAUUCGAGAUAAAAUGAGGAUGACGUUGGGUUUGAAGAAGUCAAAUGUUCAAGCAGCUUCCAGUCAAAUCUUGAAAGCUCGCUCAAUUACAACUUGA